AUGGCCUCCAAGUUGGGUGGAAGGCCUUCAGUGGAACAUGUUUCGUCUCUCGCCGAAGUUGUAGAGAUAAUUCUAUCUUUCUUGCCGGCUAGAGCGCUUUUUAGUUGCGCGCAAGUUAGUCGCUUGUGGCGAGACACUGCUAGACGAGUUCUUCGUUCACGACAAAAAUUGGGAUGGCUUAGUUUUGAGGCUCACCAUGAACCUCACGUAGCUCCCUGUACCUCAAAGGUAAGGAUAGACGGGCGUUUAUUCAUUGUUGAUGAAGGAAUCUUUCUUCUUUAUACCGUGAACGGUUCCCAAAGCAUGUUGUUAUAUCAGCAAAAUAUCUUCACAAUAUUAACAUCUUCAAUGUCUCAGAAUUUACCUGAUCCGGAGAGCUUUCUCGGUCUUCGUACUUAAUAGUCCUGUUGAGGAAACUGUUGGUUAUUUUUUCCGUCAAUUGGUGCUUUGUCAUUCAAAACGACCACUGAAUAUACCAGUGAUCCUACUUUCAAUUGGCCUUUUUUGUACAUCAGAGAAGGGGAGUCUUUAAAUCCAGAAGAAUGGGAAUUAAUUUGCGUUUCUGCACUCAAAAUAUUUCUUUGUGUUUUUUUUUUUACGUAGUUUUGCUUUCGACCAAUUCCUUUUUGCUUUUUUAAGCAACGCACUCUGAAUGUGAAAAGUACAUUUCGGUUCAUUUUCCUUGUUAUUGUAGGGAAAUAAUUGGUCAUAAUGGUGAGAGCAUAUGAAAGAAAACCAUCAUAGUUAUUAAUUAUUAUUUUUAAUUAAUAAUAAGGUCUGUGAUAAGUUAUUUGGGAGGGUGGGGCUGGGUAGUCCUUGAUAAGGGAAAGGGUCGGCUAUUGAGGAGAGAAAAUCUUGAUGGUGACAUAAAAUUUGUUAAACAAGCAACCAAGUUCAAGGAUGUAUUUGGGGUUGCAAAUUGUUGACUUGAAGAUUCUUUAUAUUGAAAUUGUAUGCCUUGUUUAGAUUCAGAACCCCUAAAACUAUACUCUGUUUGUGGCAUUUACCAACCAUCCAUACAGUUUUUUUGUUUUGUUUUUCUUAUCCUGGUUUGUUUUUAUUAUUUACUCAUGAUAUGAUAAGCUAUCAAUCAUCAGUAUGUUUAUUUUGCCUUUUUGAUGACUUAGUUGUGAAUGUGACUCAGAUUAGUAUUGCAAAAGCUUUUUAAAUGUAUUAGUCAAAGACAAGAUUGUUUUUUCUAGCUCUCAAUGGAAAUGCUUGGACAGAAAAUUGUUGAAUUCUUGGAUGAGCUACCCAUUGUUCCUGCAGCCUGCAUUGUCUUACUGAGCAGAUGCAGGGUUCACCUUCAAGAAGGAAAAAAAGAUGAAAUAAAAACCUUAGUAACAACUGUAAAGGGAUGUUUACCUCGCUCAUGUGCCCUUAUUGGAAGUGUUGGAGCAGGAGUUAUUGGAACAGCAGAGGGUGGUUUUGCAGAAGAGUUGGAAAGUGCUGAAGGUGUUGCUUUAUUGCUCAUGCCACAAGUUGAAGGUGUUUCAGCAGAGGUUAUAAAUUUGAGUGCCACAGAGGUUAAGAAUAACAGAACAUUCAAAUCUCGCUGGGAGAAAUCUUUGAGACUUCCCCCUGAUGGUACAGUCAAGUGUGCUUUUCUUUUAGCCAAGGGUGACACAUAUAAUCUUGAUGUUAUAGGAAAAACAGCAUCAGGAAUUUGGCAGGUUAGCCUUUCUGUUGAGCUCUUUUUCUUCAUUAGCUUGUUAUCCAUAGGACAAAAAUUACAUACUAUAUGUAGUGCUUGUCUAUAUUUUUAAAAUAUAAUGAAACAAAGAUGUUGAGCAGAUUUACUGACAAGAUACAGUUUUCAGCAAGUGUGAAUUGCAUCUUUAUCAACUGAAGUAAAUAAGAAGAAAAACCUUUUUUGGUGUACAAAAUGGCUAUCUUUGAAAUGCAAUAUCUUAUUUGUAUUUGGUAUUAUCAAGAAGUGAUAGAAAUAACAGUUCUGUGUCUUUUUUCUUGACUCAAGGUUUGUAACAGUGAAGAAGAUUAUAAGUCAGAUGUAGUAAUAAUUGGAGGACUUGUUGAGUCAUUUGUGAUGGUGGAUAAUGAAGUGAAGAACGCAGGUGUCGUAGGACUUGCAUUUACAGGAAAUGUUGAGGCUGUUUCAAUGGUUCAUCAUGGAGAAACAGUAGAAGGUGUUCAGGAAAGUCUAAAGGAGCUGAGGAAGUGUGGCAUCACAUGCAACAAAAAUACCGCUUGUUUUAUGGUGUCAUGCAUUGGUCGAGGUCAGGAAUUUUACCAUGCCAAGAAUGUAGAGACUGGAAUUUUUCAACAAGUAUUUCCUGGUAUUCCAGUGGUUGGUUUCUUUGGAAAUGGAGAACUGGGUCUGGAUCUGCAUUCACAUGAAAGAGAUGGCCAUUUUCUGCACUCCUAUUCAUCAGUAUUUUGUUUGUGUUCCUUGCCAUCACAAUCUAAUGACAGUUUACCUGCUCAAGGCACAGUUAUCUCUGUUACCAAGGAGCUCAAGCAAGAUGAGAAAGAUGACAAGCCAUCUAAGUGUACUUGA